UGCGUCGAUGGGACGCGCCGUGCACGGCGUCGUGAGACGGGCGAGGUACGACAGGAACAACGGCGACCAAGAAGAUAUUCCUCGAUCUCGGAGGAAGAGGAACGAAUACUGGUCAAGAGUACGGCCCAGAGCUAGAUUCUUACUCGACGUUCGUUUGCCGACUAAAGUUUGUCCCCUUUUUGAAUACGUCACCGAGGAGGGUAUUUGGAAGUUUGGAGGUGACGCGUGUCGACCAGGUGGUUACGGCGGCGGCUACAGCGGCUACGGUAGUGGCGGUGAUUGUGGUGGAGGUGGCGAAGCUGGUGCUGGUGGUGGCAGUGCUGAUAGUAGAAGUAGUUAUAGUAGUAGUAGUGGUGGCCCCAGCAAAGCUAUUAGUGGUGGUAGUAAUAGUAGUGACGGUGGCGACGGCGACGGUGGCGGUCGUGUCGACGAAGAUCGUGCCGGCAUACGCGUUUUUCAUCACCUACGAACAACGCUGACGACAAUUAACACCAAUAGAAAAAGAAAAAAAAGAACGCGACAGGAGGGAAGAGUAAUAAGAAAAGUAUUGGAAAAAGUUGAGGGAUACGAUAAACUAGCGUAACGCGACGACGACGGCAGACGCGAACAUCGCCGGCGCGACCAUCACCGUCGCCGUCGUCCUCGAAGUCCGAGAGAGAAGAAAAGAGAAGAGAGAAGAGAAGAGAAGGAAGAACGACACGAGAUACUCCUUCGGUAAAGGAUCAUCUUGAAUGCGGUGGUGCGCGGUGACUCGCAAACGCCGCACUCGCUACGACGACGACGACGAUCGAGAGGAAAAGAACGAUGAAAGAAAGGACGACGUUAACGAAGAUGAGGAGAGAGGCGGAGACAGCAAAAAAGGAGAUAAAUCAUCUCGCGUGAUCCCACUCCCCUCCCCUCGAAGCGAGCCUCGAAGAUGUCGUCGUCGUCGUCGUCGCCGUCGUCGUCGUCUUUUACUCUCAGGUUACGGCUUGCCUCGCGAUGGAACCUCGAUCUUAGGUAUUACGACGACAACCUCGAGGAAAAAGAAGCCGUUCGGACGAUCAAAUAGCAUAGAAAAAGAAAAACAAGGACUGGAGUUGAGCACGCGGAACAACCGUGCACGCCGCUGCCGGUUGCCCGUUCUCUGAGUCAUCUCCGUGAAUUAUUCCCUCCUCCUCGACCUCAACCUCACCCUCCUGCGGUCCUUUACUCGAAGAUGAACUCCAUGCUGUAUACCCUGUACGGGUUCGCGAUAUUCUUCAUGAUAUUCUGGUCGGGCAUGUGGAUCGUUCACGUGUUGGCUUUGAUAGCCGGCCGUUGGAAACUUCAUCGUAAGAUUGCUCAAAUACCAAGUUACGAAACUCCCCUGCCUGGCGUUUCGAUCAUCAAACCGUUAAUGGGAGUCGAUCCGAAUUUAUUCGGAAAUCUCGAGACAUUCUUUACAAUAGAAUAUCCUAGAUACGAAUUGCUCUUCUGUGUCGAGGACGAUUCCGAUCCGGUGUUGAUGCUAGUCGGGAAAUUAAUAGAAAAAUAUCCUCAAAUAGAGGCGCGAGUUUUCGUAGGUGGUCGCAACGUUGGGGUCAAUCCUAAGAUCAACAAUAUGCAACCGGCUUACGAAACGGCGAAAUACGAGCUGGUACUGAUCAGCGAUAGUGGUAUAAGGAUGAAGGAGGACACUCUGUUGGAUAUGGUCAACUACAUGACCGAUAAAGUAGCAUUGGUACACCAGAUGCCGUUCACGUACGACCGUGACGGUUUCGCCGCAGCCUACGAAAAGAUAUUUUUCGGUACGGUACAAUCAAGGAUGUACCUUGCGGCCGAUCUCUUAAGAAUAAACUGUCAUACUGGUAUGUCGGCCUUACUACGUAAGGCGACCUUGGACGAAGUCGGCGGCUUGAAGACCUUCGGUGUCUACCUCGCGGAGGACUUCUUUUACGCGAAGUCAUUGACCGACCGUGGUUGGCGAAUAACCGUCUGCUCGCAGCCUGCAUUACAAAACAGCGGCCACUGCGAGUUACACUCCUUCCAGGCAAGGCUCAGGAGGUGGGCCAAACUUCGUGUCGCCAUGUUACCCACCACGAUCGUCUUCGAACCUCUCAGCGAGUGCCUCGUACUCGGUGCCUGUGCCUCCUGGGCUGCCAGUGUUCUAUUCGACUGGGACUCUUUAGUUUUUUAUCUCGUACACAUACUAUUGUGGUUCAUGUUCGACUGGACGCUUUUGUGUGUCGUACAGAACGGGCCAUUGCCCUUCAACAAACUCAUGUUCGUCUGUGGAUGGCUUCUCAGUGAGAUCACGAGACCCUAUCUCUUCAUUCAAGCCGUCCUGGAUCCUCUGAUACAGUGGCGUUCGCGCGUUUACAAACUCAGAUGGGGCGGCGUCGCGGAGGAGGUCAAGACGAAAGUAAAAUACUAGGAUAGCAAAAAUCGUUCUUUCUUCCCUCCGAUUAUUUUUUUUUUUCUUCUAUAUUUUAUUCUUCUUCUCUUUCUCUCUUUCUCUUUCUCUCUCUCUCUCUUAUUCUUUGUUUCAUUCGCUCGCUCUAAUUCUCACUAUCUUUCUCUCCAUCUUUCUCUCUCUCUCUCUUCUUUCUUUAUGUAUAUUUUUUUUUUCUAAUUAUUUUCUUCCUCGUCGCGCAAAUUUUGAAGAAUAUUAGUGAUACUCGAUGGCAUAUCGCGCACUGAUUUAUAUCUUGCGUUACAUAUCUACGAUAUUUACCAUAUUAUGUACGAUAUGCUCUCUCUACGUACGAUGAUUUUUCUCUCUUUUCGCGUAUAUCAUUUUUUUUUCUUCUUCUAUCCACUUCUAUAAUUCCUCGCAAAAAUGGCACGAAUCGGGUCGUCGCGAGAUUACAUGAAUUUCUUUUUCAACUGGAUCGAUAAAAAGUUUUACUGCCUACUUAAACGUUUGAUCGAUAAUAAUCAAACGAAGUCAAAUUUAUGAAACUCGUUCGUCAGCGUACGUAUUAUAGGAGAAGAGAGGAAGCUGAAUGAUAAGUUAUUUAUCGCGAAGCGAUGUACGGCUAUACGUGUAUAUAUAUAUCGUAAUGUUUAAUAAUAAUAUUAAUAAUAAUAAUAAUAUAAUACAUAUAUAUAUAUAUAUAUAUAUAUAUAAUUUAAUUCUCGCAACUAUAUAAAUAACAAUUUAUAACAACUGACCACUCCAACAAAACUGAGACCUGAUACAAAGUGCUACUUAAUUAGUACAAUUCUCGUCUAACAUCACACGUUAUCAGAGAAAGGAGAAAUAAAAUACUCUAUAACGCUUAUCUUAAUUUUGAUAUGUUUCACGAAUGAAUACCAAUUCAUGCAUAAAAUUAAUCGUUUAUCACACACUGGUAUAUAAACGCAAACGUGGAUUUUUUGUAUACAAUCAUAUGUUUACUUUUCUCAUCACUUCUUACAAUAUUAAGUUAAUAUUUAAGUGUAAAUAUUUUUGUUCUUUAUAAAUUUAUUCUGACCCGAAUGACAUUAUUACAAUUCGUCUAAGAUCAUCAAUCUUUUAUCUUUAUUUAUCAUUGUCUGGGUCAUUCGAUGUCACCUUUAAUGUUCAAUUCUUUCAAUCCUUUUAUUUAAUUAUUUAAUUCUGUAUACGUAUCAGUACUUUGAUAAAC